GUUUUGGCGCAGGCAUCAGUGAGAUGCGGCAAUUGCGACGGCGGAAUUCACGCUCAGUUAGGCAUGACUCGUCUUUUGGAUCCUUUUGGAUUCAUAACUGUACAUAUUCCAGCACAAUUGUCGUUUUCUUCCUGCAUUGAGCAAUACCGUCACGGGAUAUCACCCAAAGCAUCUUAGAGAGUCACACCGGGGGCACAGUAGUUCAAUAUUAAUCCGACAUCCCUGCUCCCCCAGGCCGAAGCUCCGUUUUGCCGACGUUGCGCGGUUCUUUUCGCGCUGCGCGCUAUCGCAUCAGCCACAAUCGCCCUAAUCGCCCCCAACCUCUAUCGUGUCUGCCUGAUAAACAAAAUAGGUGCGGCGUCGAUAUAUCGUAUAGCUAUAGAGAGCACAGUAUGUAUUUGAGACACUGAAGAUACAAUACUUAUAUUUGCGGUGUUUGUUGGUGGAGUCACAAUUAUUAAAGGAGUAGAAUUAAGGUGGAUAAGGCAAGUGGGCACAUGCUGCAAAGUGCUCAGGCACCACACCUCGUGCUCUAGGCGCCUCUGGAGCAUAUCAGCCAAACUUCUUGACCAAAAAACGUGACCUCGUUCACGUUCCAUGCACUUCAACCUAACAAAAUAUCAACACUUCCAUUUGUCUCCAAAAAUGAAGUUCAACAUAGAUGACCUUCCAGUUCUCUUCCCAUAUCCAAGAAUCUACCCAGAGCAAUAUGCAUACAUGUGCGAUCUCAAGAGGACCCUCGAUGCGGGGGGUCAUUGUGUCUUGGAGAUGCCCUCGGGGACCGGGAAAACCGUCUCUCUCCUUUCGUUGAUCGUGGCAUACCAGCAGUACUAUCCCGAGCACCGCAAGCUGAUAUACUGUUCACGUACAAUGUCCGAGAUCGAGAAGGCUCUUGCUGAGUUGAAAGCCCUCAUGAACUAUAGGACUGAACAGCUUGGUCGCGUGGAGGAGUUUAGAGGACUUGGUCUGACAAGUAGGAAGAACCUCUGUUUGCAUCCCUCCGUGAAGCGGGAGAAGAGCGGAGCAAUUGUCGAUGCUCGCUGCCGGAGCCUUACAGCUGGGUUCGUAAAAGACAAGAAGGAAAAGGGCGAGGACGUCGAACUUUGCACAUACCACGAGAACCUGGACCUGCUUGAACCGCAUGAUCUGAUACCAAAUGGCGUCUGGACGUUAGAUGGCAUUAUGCGGUACGGCGAGGAACACAAGCAAUGCCCAUAUUUCACAUCACGGCGAAUGAUGCCAUUUUGCAACGUCAUUAUCUACUCAUACCAUUACCUUCUCGACCCAAAGAUCGCUGAGCGUGUGUCGAAAGAGCUUUCGAAGGACUGCAUAGUAGUCUUUGACGAAGCUCACAACAUCGACAAUGUCUGUAUUGAGUCUUUGAGUACAGAUAUUACUGAGGACUCAUUACGAAAGGCUACAAGGGGGGCACAAAAUCUGGAAACCAAGAUUUCCGAAAUGAAGGAUACUGAUGCGGAGAAACUUCAGAAUGAAUAUGCCAAACUGGUCGAGGGGCUUCGUGAAGCAGAUGAAGCUCGAGAAGAGGAUACGUUCAUGUCAAAUCCAGCCUUGCCAGAUGACCUGCUCAAAGAAGCGGUCCCGGGAAAUAUUCGCCGAGCCGAACAUUUUGUUGCAUUUUUGAAGCGUUUUGUGGAAUACUUGAAGACACGGAUGAGAGUUCGACAAGUAAUUUCAGAAACACCCUUGUCCUUUUUAGCACAUCUCAAGGAGACGACAUUCAUCGAAAGAAAGCCCCUUCGGUUCUGCGCGGAGAGACUGACCUCGCUCGUUCGGACAUUGGAAUUGACAAACAUUGAAGAUUACCAACCUCUGCAACAAGUCGCUACGUUCGCUACGCUGGUUGCAACAUAUGAGAAAGGAUUUCUUCUCAUACUUGAGCCAUAUGAGUCAGAUACAGCGGAGGUUCCAAAUCCUGUUCUGCAUUUUACAUGUCUCGAUGCUGCAAUCGCGAUCAAACCGGUCUUUGACAGGUUCAGCUCAGUUAUUAUUACAUCAGGGACAUUAUCUCCAUUGGAGAUGUAUCCCAAAAUGCUAAACUUCACAACAGUUGUACAGGAAACAUAUCAGAUGACACUCGCACGGCGAUCAUUCUUACCAAUGAUUGUGACCCGCGGCAGUGAUCAAGUGGCUAUAUCUUCUGGUUUCCAAGUUCGCAACGAGCCCAGCGUGGUAAGGAACUACGGGAACUUACUUACCGAAUUCUCCAAAAUCACGCCUGAUGGUAUGGUGGUCUUCUUUCCAUCAUACCUCUACAUGGAGUCGAUCAUCAGCAUGUGGCAGGGGAUGGGAAUUUUGGACGAGGUUUGGAAAUACAAGCUUAUCCUUGUCGAGACGCCCGAUGCUCAGGAGACUUCUUUGGCGCUUGAGACUUACCGGACGGCUUGCUGUAAUGGCCGUGGAGCCAUCCUUCUAUGUGUAGCUCGCGGUAAGGUUUCCGAAGGUAUCGAUUUUGACCAUCAAUACGGCAGAACGGUGUUGUGUAUUGGCGUUCCUUUCCAAUAUACAGAGUCUCGAAUUCUCAAGGCUAGACUCGAAUUUUUGCGAGAGACAUACCGCAUCCGUGAGAACGAUUUCCUGUCUUUCGAUGCAAUGCGUCAUGCUUCUCAGUGCCUGGGUCGUGUACUGAGAGGUAAAGACGAUUACGGAAUAAUGGUUCUCGCUGAUCGUCGAUUUAUGAAAAAGAGGGCGCAACUUCCAAGUUGGAUCAACAACGCCGUGAUGGAUUCGGACACGAAUCUCAGUAUCGACAUGGCCGUCAGCAGUGCCAAGAAGUUUUUGAAGAAUAUUGCUCAGCCGUUCAAGCAGGAGGACCACGAAGGCAUCAGUACAUGGAGUGUAACCGAUCUACAGAAACACCAAGAGAAAGAGGACGAAGAGAAGAUCCGAGAGUUGCAGGAUGGUGCAGCAUUGGAAGACUUACGACACGGCAAUGAACAAGACGUGAUCAUGGGCGAUGAGUAUGGUAUGGAUGAUGAGGAGUUUGAGGCCGGCAUGAUGGAAUUAGAUGGAUAAUAAAAGGAGCGAUUUCAAUUCCGGUGUUUGGCGAAGCAUACGCGAAUAGGGUGGAUGGGUUCCCACAACAGCAACUUGGCAAAAGGUAUAACUAGAAUGGUUCAUAAAGCACGGCGUAUUAAUUCUUUAGUUACUCUCGGAGUACAACCCGAAUACUAAUUUCUGGG